AUGGCAACAAGAGCCAAGACCCAGAUGAGCCAGAAGGAGUAUGUCAACAGGAAGAGUCUCUUUUAUUUCAACCACACUUCAACUAAGAGCGUUGCCCAAGACAGAAGGUAUACUGAAAAUUUUAGAUUUAGGUUUCCUACAUGGUCAGGAUUCUUACCAAUGAGAUUACUCAAAAAUCUUGCUGACAAGGUAGCAGGAACUCUAUGUAUGGGUAUGACCUCCAUGAGGACGAGACCUUCGCGAAAGGAUUCUUUAUCUAGAAGAUCAAUGCCAUUCGUGGCGCCUGUGGAUUCUCAUAGAGAACAAGCCAUAGAAGAUUGCAUUGAGUUCAUCAACUCUUCUUCUUCUCUUUCAAGAUCAACUUCUAUAGCCAGACAUUCUCCUUAG